UGUAAUAACCCACACUGCAGAUUUUAGAGAGAGAAAGAUUUGAUUAUUUCCCUCUCAAAAGGGUCUAGCUUUAGCCUUCACAGAGAGAGAGAGAGAGAGGAAGAUAUUUUUAACCAUGGGUGGUGGGAAGAGAUUUGCUUUGCUUCUGUGUGCGGAUGAUUCUGAUUAUGUUAAAAAGAUGUAUGGAGGGUAUCAUGGGGUAUUUGCGGGAAUGCUGGCCGAGGAAGGAGAGACUUGGGAUGUUUUCAAGGUGGCCAAUGGUGAGUUUCCUGAUGAUGAAGAGAUUAGCGACUUUGAUGGCUUUGUUAUUAGUGGGAGUUGCAGUGAUGCACAUGGCGAUGAUGCUUGGAUCUGUAGGUUGAUUGCUCUUUUGAACAAAUUGGAUUCUUUGAAGAAAAAAGUUCUUGGGAUUUGCUUUGGUCACCAGAUUCUUAGUCGUGCACUGGGAGGAAAGACAGGGCGUGCCAUCUCAGGUUGGAACAUUGGAUUGACAACCAUUCAUUUGUCAUCAUCUUCAUCGAAGCUCUUCUCAUCUCUGAAAAUCCCAACCACUCUCUCUUUGAUCGAGUGCCACCAAGAUGAGGUUCAAGAACUUCCACCAAAAGCAGAGUUGAUUGCAUGGUCAGAGAAGACUGGGGUUGAGAUGUUCAUAUAUGGGGAUCAUAUGAUGGGCAUCCAAGGCCACCCUGAGUACAACAAAGACCUUCUGCUUCAUCUGAUCAACCGUCUCAUGCAGUGCAGUUUUAUUGCGGUACAUCCAACAUCUAAUUAAUUCCAAGCUCCUUGUAUAAGUCUUACUAUUGGUUUAACGGUUUGACACGUUUUAUAUCAAAUGCAGGAAUCGUAUGCUGCUGAGUUGAAGGCAAACCUGGGGAAAGUGGAGCCUGACAAGGAUGCAUGGAAGAAACUGUGCACUAGCUUCCUCAAGGGUAGACUAUGAUGUUUCAGAAGUUUUGGAAAAUGUCAAAAAGAAAAAGAAAUUGCAAACACGAACCCUUUUUUGAGAAGCAAGUUGAAGUUGAAGGAAGUUUAGGAAGGCUUGUGAUAACACAGUUAUAUGCAAAUAAAAAACACAGCUGAAUUAAGAAUGUAGAAGCUGUGAUUAGGUUGGAAUUUGAUGUGGUCUUCUCCGGGUUAACAAAAUUUGCAGGAUUUUAAUAAUUCCAUAUUCCAUUUUAACUUUAAGCCCCGGAUAAACUUAAA